AUUUUUAUAUGUGUUAAGGGGAUUCUUCUGUUCAUUAGGUCUCCGGUUAUCAUACACUUGAGAGCCUACACAUGGCAUCUUCAUCAUCUUCUAGAUCAUAUAAACAUGAUGUAUUUCUAAGUUUUAGAGGAGAAGACACCCGCAAGACCUUUGUAGAUCAUCUCUACUCGGCUCUUGUAGAUCGACAAAUCCGUACCUUCAAGGACGACGAAACAUUUCUCCGGGGUGAAUUCAUUAGUCCAUCCCUCUUCAAGGCUAUCGAAGAAUCAAGGAUCGCCGUGGUAAUAUUCUCCAAAAACUAUGCAAAUUCUUCAUGGUGUUUGGAAGAACUUAUGCAUAUUAUGAAAUGUAAGGAUGAGAAAGAACUAACCGUUAUACCCAUUUUCUAUGGCGUGGAUCCUUCUGAUGUGAGAAAACAAAGAGGAGAUUUCGGAAAAGCAUUUGCCCAACAAGAAGAAGAGAAUAACAACAAAGUUCAACUAUGGAGAAACAAACUUGUUGAUGCAAGUAAAAUUUCUGGAUGGGAACCCAAGAAUAUUGCCAACGGGCAUGAAUCAAAAGCCAUCAAAGAAAUUGCUGAUAGAAUUUUGGAUAGGUUGUUCUCCUCACAUUCAUACAACGACGAACAUCUUGUUGGGUUGACGACCCGCUUGCAAGAACUGAAAUCACGGUUAGAAAUUGGGCCAAGUGGUGUGCUUAUGGUUGGGAUAUGGGGGGUCGGGGGUAGUGGUAAGACUACUCUUGCAUCUUCUCUUUAUAAGGAAAUUUCUUGCCAUUUUCAAAGUAAAUGCAUUGUUGAUAAUAUUCGGGUGGAAUCAAGCAAACAUGGUUUAGAAGCUCUACAACAAAAAAUUUUAUUACGUGUUUUGAAUACGAAACGGGAAGUGCAAAGUGUUGAAGAAGGAAAGGGCAUGAUAAAAAAUAGGUUAUGUCAUACUAAUGUGCUAUUACUUCUUGAUGAUGUUAGUGAUCUUGAGCCGCUAGAGGCAUUAGCUGGAUCACAUAAUUGGUUUGGUAGUGGGAGCCGAGUGAUAAUUACAACAAGAGACGAACAUUUGCUAAAAACCCACAAAGUAGACUGGGUCUAUCCUAUCACAUUAUUAUCGCCAGAUGAGGCGAUGAGACUCUUCAAGAGACACGCGUAUAAUGAAAAGAACCACCCUGUAGAAGAGUUUGAAACACUUUCAUUAAGUGUGGUGUCUUAUGCUAAUGGACUCCCAUUGGCACUUAAAGUAUUAGGUACGUUUCUAUAUGAUAAAGACAAGCUGGAGUGGAUAAGUGCCUUGGACAAGUUAAAAGAUUUCCCAGAUUCUAAGGUCAUGGAUAUACUCAAAAUUAGUUAUGAUGGACUUGAACCUUAUCAGAAAGAGUUAUUCUUGGAUAUUGCAUGUUUUUUUAGGGGGAGAUUCAUAGGUGUAGCAAUGGAGAUACUUGAAGCUUGCAAUUUUUAUCCUAAAAUAGGGAUAAAGGUGCUUAGACAAAAAGCUCUCAUAACUAUUGUGAAUGGUAUGUUUGAUAUGCAUGAUUUGGUUCAAGAAAUGGGACAAUACAUUGUUAGAGGGAAACAUCCAAAGAAUCCUGAAAAGCAUAGUAGAGUUUGGAAAAAUGAAGAAAUUAGAAACAUAUGUUUUGGGCAUGCGGCAAGUAUGAAGGAAAAUGACAAUAUUGAAGCGUUAAGAUACAAGGGUGACUCAUAUAAUCAUUCAUCACGCAUUUGCAAGAUUGUUUCAAACAUGAAGAAACUAAGGUAUGUUGAUUGGGACGGGUAUCCUGCAAGUCCAUUCCCAAAGAGUUUCCAACCAACGAAUCUUGUUGUUCUAAAGUUGAGUUUUAGCAUGCAAAAAGACCUUUGGAAUGGCGACAAGCAUCUACCACAUUUGAAAGUGCUUCACCUCGAAUACAUGUGGGAGCUACUCAAUACACCAGAUUUUGCUGGACUUCCAUGUCUUCAAAAUUUGACACUCUCAUCUUGUUCAAAGUUAAAAGAGAUUCAUCCGUCACUUGGAAAUCAUACAAGUCUUAAAUACGUAAGUGUAUCAUGUUGUUACAAGCUUAAAAUGUUUCCAACGAUUGUUCACAUGGAAAACCUCAAGACUCUAGAAAUAAAGUCUUGCCCAAAGAUUUGUGAGUUUCCAGAGAUUAAAGCAAACAUGAAAAGCUUGGUAAAGUUGUGUCUAGAAUACAUUGGGAUAGAAGUUCUACCGUCAACAAUUGGAGACCAUUGUGCCAACCUAAUUUCCCUAUACUUGUCUUACUUAGACCACUUAAAGAGUAUAGAAUUCAACUUUGAUGCCUUAAAGCAUUUGAAAGAGUUGGAGUUAGAAGGAUUAAUACAACUUGAGAAGACAAGGCAUCAAUCAUUUCAUCAACUUCUACGUAGCUUACGAAAGUUGGAUCUAGGCUCAUGCCGUUUGAAAGAUUCAGACUUCCCCAUUACUAUUGUUGACUUACCCAACUUACAAGUGCUAAAUCUAAGUAACAAUGAUUUUUCACGAUUAGAUUUUAACAUUUCGCAACUUACUCAGCUCAAAUUCCUCAACCUAUCGCGUUGUGAAAAGCUACUUGAACUGCCCGAGCUCCCAUCAAGUUUAACUACUCUCAAAGCAUCACACUGCAAGCUACUUACAACCUUUGGAGAUUGUCACAAAAAUUGUAAAUGGUUAUGUCAAGUCUCACUUUUUGGAGCUGGCAUCAUAAAUGAUGGUAAGAGAUUACUACAAUCCAUGCUUGAGGGCAAGCCUAUUGAGAAUGACUCCAUGGUUCUUCAACUUCAAGGUCUCGAGGUUGCAAAGGGGUUUACACCUCGUCCACUUCGAGGGAAAAGAUUUAGACUACAACUUCCAGAGAACUGGUGCAAUGACUUUUGUGGUUUCUUAAUGUGUGCUAUAACAAAUUACCUCGACCCAAUGGUAUGUAUGAGGCGGACAAUGGGUGAUAUGGAUUCUCAAGACAACGUGGUUUGGAGGAUGAUAGUGCUUCUAAACGUUCGUUGGUGUGGUAUGUUUCAUUUGGCUCAUUGAGACACACUACAUGGUGGGAUCAAACAUGCAAAGCUAUUUCGUUUCAAAUUAGAGAUAAGUAUGAUAGGGAAACGACUAAGGAGUGCAGUGGUAUAGCAGUUAGGCUCGUUGCUAGGAAAAGUAGAAGUGGUCUAACGGAAACAUCAACACAUUCGUCUGGUAUUACACCUAAGUUCAUGAUUGAAGAUGACUCCUCGUCCGCUUUAGUGAUCUCAUUGGUAACAUCCACAAAUUUUACUUCCUAGCAUUUCUUUAUAGUUUUUACCAAUAAUUUUUUUUACUGUUAAAGCAUACAAGAAAAAAAUGAUAUUAGUUCAAAAGAUCUUGUUUUUUUUUUC